GCGUCGAACCGUGGGCGGCUCUUCACCGAGGCGUAGGGGCGCCAUGGCCGCGGACGAAGAUGAGGUGAAUCUUCUGGUUAUCGUAGUUGACACCAACCCGAUUUGGUGGGGCAAGCAAGCAUUAAAGGGAUCUCAGUUUACUUUAUCCAAGUGCAUGGAUGCUGUGAUGGUGCUGGCCAAUUCCCACCUGUUCAUGAACCGCUCCAACCAGCUGGCUGUGAUAGCCAGUCACAUUCAGGAGAGUCGGUUCUUAUACCCGGGGAAGAACGGCAGACUCGGAGACUUCUUCGGGGACCCUGGCAACCCCGUUCCUGACUAUAAUCCCUCGGGGAGUAAAGAUGGGAAGUACGAGCUGCUGACAGCCGCAAAUGAGGUGAUCGCCGAGGAGAUCAAAGACCUGAUGACCAAGAGUGACAUAAAGGGCCAGCACACGGAGACACUACUAGCAGGAUCCCUCGCCAAAGCCCUUUGCUACAUUCACAGAGUGAACAAGGCCGUUAAAGAUAAUCAGGAGAUGAAAUCAAGGAUAUUGGUGAUCAAGGCUGCAGAGGACAGCGCGCUGCAGUACAUGAACUUCAUGAACGUCAUCUUUGCUGCUCAGAAGCAGAAUAUUCUCAUUGAUGCCUGCGUCCUAGACUCGGAUUCAGGGCUCCUCCAGCAGGCUUGUGACAUCACAGGGGGACUGUACCUGAAGGUACCUCAGAUGCCUUCUCUCCUGCAGUACCUACUGUGGGUUUUUCUUCCGGAUCAAGACCAGCGAUCUCAGCUAAUCCUCCCACCUCCAAUCCAUGUGGACUACAGGGCUGCCUGCUUCUGUCACCGAAGUCUCAUUGAGAUUGGCUAUGUCUGCUCCGUGUGUCUGUCCAUUUUCUGCAAUUUCAGCCCCAUCUGCACCACGUGCGAGACAGCCUUUAAGAUCUCCCUCCCUCCUGUACUGAAGGCCAAGAAAAAGAAGCAGAAGGUGUCCCUGUGAUGAGCGACACAAGCUUCUCCAUCUCUCACCACAGGCCGAGUCUCCCAGGGGAACACUGCUCUCCCCGUGCUUGUAGGGUGGAGCUGAAGUGCACCCAGGCCUCUGACGUUAUCUGGAAAGGGGGACCAGCACAGCCUUAGGACUUUUUGUUCGUUGUUUUAAGGUAGCAGUUGCGCGGCUUCCGGCUGACGCUGCUUAGUUUGUUGUUUCUCUGUUCCUUGGGGAUGGCCUUGCAUGUCCUUGGCCAGCACCCCACCACUGAGCUGUACCCCACCUCUGAACUGCAGCCCCUGGGACUUUGUUCUUAGAUGGUCCUCUGUCAAAGCUUAUCAUGGUAGAUACUGGGGCUUCUGUACUUCAAGAUGGCAGUGUGUGAAGUUGGAAUGCCACUCAGGACGGCCACCAUCAUUGGGUCAUUAUCAGUCAUGACAGAGCAUCUUAGUUGGACAGGUGGUAUGUGCCUGGAAUCUUGGGGAGACUGAGUCAGGAAGGUUUUGGGUUCAGAUCCUGCCUGGGAUAUACAUUUAAUUCUGUCUGGUUGGUUUGAACUCACUAUGUAGACCAGGCUGGCCUCAAACUCUGCUCUCUGAGUGCCCGGACUGAAGGCUUGUACCUUUAGGUCAGGUUACAUUUGAAUAUAGUUAAAGGAGACAAUUUGUUUGAUGUUCAAAAUAUUCAAACCAACCAGGGCUGCAUCUGGCCACCUUGUUUACAAAAACAAAACAAACAAACCAAUGGUCUGAUGUAGGCAAGCCCAAUUAACUUGAGGCUCACCUCUGGUGUUAGCAGUUCUGUGUUCAUCUGAUACGCCAGCAUAUUUGUACAAAGUUAACCAAAAUUAUUAGUAAUGGUUUUUCACCAAAAACGUAUAAAAUCGGAAUUUAAAUCUACAAGGAGAGCAAGUACUAGAGCUGUAGUAACGUUUGUCAGAGACACACGAGGCAAGAGUUCGUUGGCUGGGAUCAGACAGCCACUUAACUGGGAAAAAGGAGCUAUCUACAGGUAAGAUUCUGUCUUUUUUUUUU